CUAAUAUUCUUUUUCCAGAGCUUUGUAAUCUAACUUUUCCAGAAACAAUUAUAUAGAACACAAUAUAUAGGCAAUAUGGAUGUUUUUUUAGUUUUACGUAAACUUGUUUCAAGCAAAAAAUGCAUAUUUUGACAUUACAAUUGACUUACUUCUUAGCAAAAUGCGAAUUCUAAAUAAAGAUUUGUUCUUCAUUUUCAUCGUCCUUGUUUUUGUAUUCAGCUUAAAAAAUAUUCUAGAAAGUUUUUUCCUGGUUUCACCAAGUUUACUGCAUCCUUUUUUUAUGGAACCUUUCUUAAUGGAAGCUGACGAUGAAGAACGAAAACUUGUACAACUGCAAAUGGUAAUAAGGCAUGGCCAUCGUGCACCGUAUCAGUCCUUUCCAUCAAAUCCUCAUAGUGGCUUUAUUUGGAAAGAAGGAUAUCAGUCUUUAACACUGCUGGGCCGGCUUCAAAAUUUUGCAAUGGGGGAUCACUUGCGAAAGGUGUACAAUGAUUUUAUUACUACAAAUCCAAAGGAAGUUCAAGUUUUUACAUCGGAGGCAGCCCGAUCUUUGUAUGGUUCAUAUGCGUUUAUGACUGGCUUAUAUGCACCUAAAAAAGAAUAUCAAUUCACAGAUGAGCUGUUAUGGCAACCUAUCACUACAAUAACCUCAGAAUAUGUUACAAUUUUUGCGAGAGCUCAAUGCAGCCGGGGUGACGAAGAGAGAGACGCUUUACAUGCUUCUAAAAUAUUUAACGAAACUAAAGAACGCUUUUCACAUUUCUACAGAUAUUUAUCUUUUCAUGCUGGAGGACAUGUUGAAAAUUGUUUUGGUGGAUCUCAUAUAGCAAAAACCUUGAUGUCACAGGAAGCUUACAAUUUAACAUCGCCUAUAUGGGCACGGCUGUAUUGGGAAGAGCUGCAAUAUCAGAUUGUACUUAACUAUUAUUUCUUAUAUGCGACAAAAAUUCUGCUCAGAUUUAGAGUAGGUAAUUUGUUGAAACACAUGAUCGGUAACAUUGAAAGGAGGAUAAAUAAAGAAGAUGUAGACACACGAGUAAUUGUUUAUUCGGGACAUGGAAGCACAAUUAACUUGAUAUUGUUCAGCUUGAAUCGGUUUAAUUUCUUGGAAACACCAACUGGUUCUGUUUUAGUGACAGAGCUCUGGAAAGAAAGAAAAAACAGAUACUCAGUCCGUUGGCUCUUGUUUAACUCUUCCCAUCCAGAGAGACACAUCGAUCCACCAGUCCCUUUGCACUUUGACGAUUGUGGAGGAGAAUUCUGCUCAGUAGAAAAUUUAAUCAACAGAAUAAAAGAUUUUAUACCAGUUGACUGGGAAAGCGAAUGCAAUUAUGAAGUACCCAUAGCCUUGAAAGAACUUGAUUUUGUAGCUAAUCUACCUUACUUCGGACUUCAGUUUGGAUCAUCAUCAGCAUCAUCACUUGUUUCAGUAGCUCUACAAAAUAUCAUUAUUGUUAAUGUGAUUGUGAUUACUUUUUAUUUAUCAAUAAAAUAGUUAGUUACUUCUU